AUGGUUGGUCGAGCCUUGGCGAAACGAUUUUACUCUCUCUACACAAUAGCUACUUAUAAUUCUCUCUUGAAGUUCGCAAUGACGCUGGUCGAAGUUAUCUCCAACGCUGCAGCGACUCAGGAUCGAGCCGACUCGCAAUCCGAUUAUCCGUUCCCUCUUAGCAACGAAGGCAUCUUCGCGAAUGUGAAACCGAAGCUAGAAAACCCUAAUACCGGUACCCUUAUCAAUCCAAUAUCUGGGUGGGAAAUCUCGGGAAACGAUGCUGAAUUCAUCGAUUUGGGUAAAAAGUUUACAUCCAAGCUGAAGAGGAAGCUGAAGGAUACCUACAGGUUUGACAAAGAUGAGUUUGUCAGGAUGUUGAAGGAGCUUCUUGAGAAAUUGGGUGAGAAAAUUGGGGUUUCAAAGGUUGGGGACGGAGAGAUGAAGGAUCUGGUGGAGAACACCGAGCUUCUAAUGGGUGCAGAUGUAGCUGGGUUAGUCUUUGGAGAUCAAGCUUGUCCAGAUAUACAGAGCAUGGUGAAGAACACUGGGUUUCUGAUGGGUAGAGACGUAUCUGGUUUAGUUUUGAAAAGUUGCAUUCGUCUAGAGAUGUGGGAGCUAGCGGAAACCUUGAUUUCGAACUCGUUGGUUGAUCAUUCUUUGAACUCUUAUUUAGUUAGCAACCUCGUUGAGAAGCAACGUUCGGAUUUGCUUUGUGUUGUGAUCAGACGAGCUUCAGAUCUUGGUGCAACCGAGCUGCUUUCGAUCUUGAAGUAUUUUCUCUGCCCGUCAAAGGAAGCACUUAGCACUAUGGUCAAGGUAAGAGAAGAAUGGGACGGACAGGCUUUGUUGGCUAUUGGAAAGGCGAGCGACGCAGAGAUAUCAGAGAAGUCUAAAGUUGCUGAAGAGGCUUCGAUCUUGCUGAUGGUUGCUCACGACGGGUUUUCACCCUCUGAGCUUUGCCUUCAUUACUUGUUGGCUUCGCGUAAUGUCGACGAAGUCAUGUUUGCAUCUGCGGUCAGCAAGUUGAGUGGCGGUGAGAUGAGGAGCUUCAUUCGGUACCUCUCUAAAUGGAUGAGGAAGUACGAGAGGUUCCCUCAAGCUGGUCCAUGCCCUGAAGCCGCCGACAUGUUCGGUUUGGAACUAUGCAACUGUGUUCCUAAACUGGAAGACGUAACCAGAUGUUUGGGGCUUAUCAUCGAUGAGAACUUCUCUACUCUGGUUCUGUACUCGGAUUUGCAUGAAGAGCUAAAGUCUGUUGAGAGAGUAGCAGAAGGUUUAGCUUCAGAGUCAAAACUUUGCUGUUUUGUGGCUCAUGUGGCUGAAAGUUUCGAUCUUGGAGCUGCCCAAAUCUGA